AUGGCUAGUAAUGGAACAAAUCAAACUUUCGAGCACCUCCGGAGCUUCGAGCCUGUUUACGGCUACGUCUUUGCRGGACUGUACAUCUUGGUCAUYAUUAUUGCYAUAUUUGGCAAUCUCUUAGUGUGCAGUAGUAUUGCACUGUCGACCAAACUUCGACGAUCACCGACUAAACUAUUCAUUUUAUCACUUGGAAUCUCGGACUUGAUCACUGCUUCGUUAGCCAUGCCAUUUGAUGCAGAUAUCUUGAUUACGUCGGGUAUAUGGAAMCACGGUGUCGCGGUUUGYAAAGCGUGGACAGUAGCUUACCUUCUCACCGUACCWACCUCAAUCUUCACCCUAUUAGCGCUCAGCGUGGAUCGAUAUAAAACAUUGAGUGAUCCUUUGAAUAGAUUCAGAAGAUCGCGCUUUAUGACCCGCAAGAGGGCGAUCAUYGUSAUCRUWGUGAUAUGGYUGUAUUGCUUCACAAUAGCGAUUCUACCUGUAGCAGAAGUAAUCAACAAGUUACCGUUUGUAAAAGGCAAUGCGUGCUAUUUUCCAGCUCCACCGUUGUACAACUCAUUGAGUUCGUUGGUGAACUUUGUUCUUCCGAUACUAGCCACAUGCUGCAUCUACAUCAAGAUCUACCAGAUUGCAAAGCUACAGCCUCUAAAGCAGCUUAAAUUCAGCGCAGGGCCAUGUGUAAGACAGCAGAAAGAUUACCAGAGGAACAUYCGUGCAGCGAAGACCAUCUCGAUGUUUGUGUGCGCGUUCAUGUUCUGUUGGAUUCCAUACAGCACAAUAUCCAUCGUCUCUAACAUGUUAUCAGAGGAGCAUUAUCAUGCCAUCCCACCUCACGUUUACCCGCCGCUUCUUAUGCUGGGAUACCUGAACUCUGCACUCAACCCUUUUCUGUUUUCAUUCAGGAAUCGAGCCUUCAAAAGUACUUACAUGAGAUAUUUCAACGCUUUAAAAAGACGACAACCAUCUCAGGCUACAUUGCGUAGCGUCCAUUCGACCAAGCGAAGCGAGAUUCGGGACACCGACACUACGAUACAGAUGUUUUCUAUUAGGAGCCUGGCUCCACAUGCCGAUACUAAUCGAUACGAUGCCCACGAGCGUUGCGAAUCCAAAGAGCCUUUAAGUAACAGCGACAAAUCGGUGAACUGGUCCUUUGAGAUUGAUGUCGACAUGGGUACAAGCUAUAAAACUGAUAGCCCUUACUUUUGAUCUUGUUUUUUUUUCCUGUGGAUACAAUUUGUUAAGUAAGGUGUGUUAUUGC